AUGGAAAUAAUACGAGAUCGAUUGUAUGCUACCAAUACGGGUUCUCCUUGUUUGCCGAUUGUAAUAGAAUGGAUCGAAUUUUUGGGUAGGAACAUUGAAAUGAAAAAACGUGGACGGGCACCGUGGAACACUUUUAUGGCUGACGUCUAUGGAAGAUCCCGAAUAAUCCCGUAUUCCUCUGAAAUGCCUUCCUCGUGCACCCCUGCGCAAGGUCAGAUAUCUUUAUUAGUCCACGGCGACGAGGUUACCUGGGUUGGGUUACCAGACCCAGCAAAUUUUGUUUAG